UUCAAUGCCUGUUGUCAGUUGACCUAUUGCGCAUGCUCGGUGGCCUACUCAGAGCCGGUGUCCGGACUACUUUUAUCAGAGGAAGGAGACAGUAGGAGAAGCUGCGCAGUCCGACGUUUAAUCGAAAGUAAACUGAUGAAAUUAGUCAUCACCAUAUAAGACGGACUGUCUUCAGCUGCAGCCGGACAAUAUAUAUAUAUAUAUUUUAAAUCCUGGAGGAUUUAUUUAUUUUAUUUGAAAUUUUAAAGUCGUACAGUUAGCUUCAUCAUGUCAAAGGCUGCAACUCUGAAAAUUAGCAGCGCGAGCGCAGUCAAGGUGGACAACUUCCGCAAGUCACUUUAUCAAGAGGCAGAGAAUCUGUUUUCCAGUUUCAUUCCUCAGAAGAUAUUUCAGCUGGACGCUCUGCUCAGGGAUGACGCUCUCAGCAUCACAGACAUGUCUUCACUCCAGGCUCCUCUGGACAUCCCCAUCCCAGACCCUCCUUCUCCAGAGGACGAGGAAAUGGAGACGGACAAGAAUGAGGAUGAUGAGAAGAAAAAGAAGAAGGCGCCAAAAUGUGGCUUCAUCAAGGGAAACGAGAAGAUUAUGCUGCUUUUGGAACGAGUGAAGCCAGAGAUUGUAGCUCUGAGAGAGACCAUCAUCGUUGUGUCAAGCUGGAUUCAGCACCUCAUUCCUAAAAUAGAAGAUGGAAAUGAUUUUGGAGUUGCCAUCCAGGAGAAAAUCCUGGAGAGAAUCACAGCAGUGAAGACCAAAGUUGAUGAAUUUCAAACAAACAUCAACAAGUACUUUUCAGAGAGGGGGGACGCCGUCGCCAAAGCCUCUAAAGAAACACACGUGAUGGACUACCGCUCACUUGUUCAUGAAAAAGACSAGGCUGUCUAUUCUCAGAUCAGAGUGAUCGUCCUCGACAUCCGUGGAUUCUAC